UGUUGAAGUGGGAGUAGUGGUCAUAUCAUCCUUUAUAGCUGGACUUGUCAUUUACAAAUAGGGCAUAUAUUAUCAAUUUGUUUAACCCAGUGAAGUAAUUUCCCCUGGUUUACAGGGAGAGACGUUGAGAGACGGGUUGCCAGUCAGGGAAGGCGCUGCGAGAUGGCAGGCGCUACGAGAAGCCUAGGUUGUCGAAGGCUCUUGGGAACCCAUUUAAAAGAUCUCCUUCAUACAAAACACUGCGUGCUUUUCGAUUGCGACGGGGUGAUUUGGAAUGGCGACAAAGCGGUAGCUGGUGCGCCGGAGGUGGUGAGUUUGUUGAAGAAACGUGGCAAAAGCGUUUUCUUCGUUACGAACAAUUGCACCCGAUCGAGGGAUAGCUAUUUGAGCAAGUUUUCGCGACUGGGUUUCUGUGAUGUCGUCCAAAGCGACGUCGUGAGCUCGGCUUACUGUUCGGCGAUUUACCUGCGAGACAUGGCCAAGGUACAAGGCAAGGUUUAUGUCAUCGGCAGCGACGGAGUAUACACUGAGCUGUACGAAGCUGGCGUGCCAGUCGUGGGGAGAGAACCCGAUGUUCCCGGCGCGACCAUAUACGACUGCCCCUUAGACUCAGACGUUAAGGCGGUCCUGGUUGGGUAUGACGACAAACUGAAUUUUCUUAAACUGGCGAAAGCCUGCUGCUACCUGCGGGAUCCAAACUGUCUGUUUCUGGCUACUGAUGGGGACCCCUGGCACCCUCGUCCACGUGGCAGAGUGUCACCAGGUUCCGGAAGCCUGGCGGCGGCCCUGGAGACGGCGGCGGAGCGCAAGGCCACGGUCAUCGGCAAGCCCAGCCGCUUCAUGUUCCAGUGCAUCGUCAGCCGGUUCGGGGUGGACCCCGCCCGCACCCUCAUGGUGGGCGACCGGCUGGAGACGGACGUGCUGUUCGGGCGGAGCUGCGGCGUCGACACGGUGCUCGCGCUGACGGGGGUGUCUACGCUGCAGCAGGCGCUGGGGUACAGGGACAGCACAGACCCCCAGGGGGCGGCCUGUGUGCCUGACUAUGUGGUGGACACGGUUGCCGACUUCCUGCCGGCUCUGGACGAGGAACGGUGACUCCCCCCCCUCCCCACAGAGGGGACCUGUACGGCACGAGUCACCAUGCCCUGAAAACAUUUUUGGGCAUGGGGUGACAACGGAAGCAGAGAACGCACAGAAACGGGCGGAAAUACACAAAAAUGUUUUUUGUUAAAAAAAAAUACAAAAAUGAGUGUAAAGUACAAUCAAAAUGGUGGCGGUGUAGAUUGCUUUGCUGGCCACGCAGAUGUAUACAUUUUCCAAACAAGGACAGAGCAGCUGGGAUUACAUGUGAAAACAUGUAUAUCUGCCCAUGUAAAAUACUCACUGGCUCUCCAGUAGUAUUGUGUGUGGCAUACAGGGUGUAAAAUAGUCACUGGUUCUCCUGUAGUACUGUGUGUGACCUGUAGGCUGUAAAUUGUCACUGGACAUCCUGGAAUACUGUGUACAGGGUGUAAAAUACCCUGGUUCUCCUGUAGUACUGUGUGUUACCUACAGGGUGUAUAAUACUCCUGGAGUAGUGUGUGUGGCCUGUAGGUUGUUUAAAGUGCUAUACAAAUAAUUGAAUUGAUUUUGAUAGCUUGAAGCCUUUUCAGUGUUAAACCAGUUUUAAAAAACGAAUUCAUAAAAAUAAACACAUUUCACACUCAUUAAUUUAUAGAUUUUUGUUUUAUUCAUGAAAAAUUCCAACCCCACCCAAAAAAAAAAAACAAUAAAACCCACAAAUUAGUUUUGCAUUAGCUCUGUGCUCAAUACUUGUAUGACAGUACUCAUGUAGCUAGUCUAAAAUGUAAAAUGUCUUUCUGGGGCUAGACAAACCUUUACCCCAAGCAGCCAGCUGUAGAACAGCAAGUGGCUGUCAGUAUAAUCAGCCUGGGUUCAGUUCCUGUCUCUCAGCCUACUCUUAGCGUCUCUCAAAAUGUGCAGAAAUGGUGUAACACUAUGCAAAGCAGCAGCAUAUAUGUGGUGUAAUGAUAUAUGCCUGUGCCUCCCUGGAGGUCAUAGGUCAUAGGGCACGGUGUUGGGAAAUGGCAAUUCUACAACCCUGACUUUUUUUUUUUUACUACAGGAAAGAGAAUGCAUUACUGUGUGGGUUACAGAGAACACCAUCCAUCCCCUUUAAGCUCCAACCAACAGAGGGCUCAAAGCAACCGCAAAAUAACAUAACGUAUUCUCUGCUUUCAGUAAGAGACAGUUCCCUGUUCCUUUAAGAACUCUGCGGGCAAACAAUGAAGCGACAAACAUGGAAGCAUUCAGAAGAGGGGGGGAAAGUUACACCACAAUCAACACCUUUAAAAAUAAACUGUGUAUAAAUGUCCCCCAGUAAUUAAAUAAUUGUAUUUAUAUUAAGUCAUAAUAUACAAGGCAGUGUGCCCGCAACGAUAGGUUGCACUCCCCACACAAAGCGGAGACACAAAGCAAUAUCCACAGAUAAGGACUUUGGUAGAUUUACACAGGAACUCUGUCUCAUUCAGGCCCGCCACGCUGUGGAGCAAAGACAAACACAAUGAGAUUACUGCUCGUUUUUACAGUCCUUUUGUACAUAACACAAUCUAUUCCAAUUAUACAGUAUAUGAGAUGUCCUCAAUUUUAACCUUUAUCUGACAAGCCAAAAACGCCUCUUUUACAAGUGAGACGAAGCCAAGAUAGACUGAAAGCAGUAAGGGGGCAAACAACAACAGUAGUAAUAAAAAAUAAGCAACAUAUAAAAAUCACCAUAAUUUAAAAUAUGCUGCUAUUACAAGGCAGUGUCAUUACAGGAACUGAAGCAAGAAUCUUCAUGAUAAUGUCCCCAUACUCUCUGCUAGAUACAGUCACAGUUUCUGUGAGUGAUUAAAUUGAUGUGCUUUUGCAGCACAGAAACAGUACUCAAGACAUGUUUUACUGCAGCAUACUUUAGGAAAUGGCCAGGGAAAGGUUUACAGGUAAUUCAGCAAUCAGUCAAAUUAAACAAGUGGAGCUUAGUUUGUUAGAACAAAAUUCAGCACACACUCCAGGCUUCCAGGAGCAGAAUGUGAGGUUACUGCAGCAAGGCUGAAAUCAGAACCUGCUUUCAACUGACAUGGAGUCGUUCCUUUUCUCCGUGUCAGGAAUACAUCACAACUUUGCCAUCAGAAUCGUUCGCUUUCACAUGCUUUAUAGCCGGCCAAUUUGAAAGAAAGAUGUAGGUGAUUGAUUAUGUGCCCUGUGUGUGGCUGUGCGUCUGUUCCUGUCAGGCUGUUUACCUUCUAGGAUAGCAAUUGACUAGAUCAGGGGUGUCAAACUCCAGUCCUGGAGGGCCGCAGUGUCUGCUGGUUUUUGGUGUGUUUCAGCAUGAGAGAUACAUUUCAAAGUCUUUCAUUGGCUAAA